AUGUCCACCUUUUUUCCCCAAGUCAACGUCCCCGCGCUGAAGAAAUUCGCCGCCGCCGCUGCAGUGAAGCAGCAUCCUGUCAAAGUGACAGGUAGACGGCCCCCGAAGGUGCCAACCCCAGUAGUAGCGAACGUCGAAGACGUCAAAUGGGCUGGAGAAAAGAUGAUUCAGAUUACGUUUGAACGCACCUCCUUACCUCUUGGACCAUACACCAUGAUGGCAUAUUUUCCUCGCGGACGCGAGAGGCUAACAACGCAGGCUGUGUUAGGCAUGAUGGCCGCUGUCAGAAAUUCGUCCUUGAAGAUCGAGGUGCCCAAAAUCUAUGGGUACCAGGACCUCCUACCCAAUGACAUCGGAGCUGAGGUAGUCCUCAUGGAAAAGGUACCCGGGGAGAAUCUUCAGGAUGUGUGGCCCACCCUUGGGCCCGACGAGGAGCUCAAAGUCUGUAGCAAGCUGGCCGACCUGCUGUUGAAGUUGUUCAACACCCGUGGAAGCUUGAUUUGCACCGACCUUCUUGGUACAGGCAUCGACACCUCCGUAUACAGUGCCCUCCUACAGGAAGGAGAGCAACACCAAAACCCUGACGGGUUUUCGCCGUUGAUUUUAUCGCGCCCGUUUAACGAGCCACCGUUGGAUACAAUGAUCCCACAAUAUGCACUAUCCACUAACGCUGAUUAUCUAACAGCACUGUGCUGGCGCGUUAAACGCCUUUGUGGUGGCAAUGAGGAUAUCAUCGCUCGAGCCCGCGACACAGGAUUUGCAGAUAAUCCGCUACUAACAAUAGAAGACAUGGUGCAAGCUAGAGAAACCUUCAGACGGCUGACCAGUAUAAUCCCACAUCAUAUCGGAGGAUUCUAUAUCCCAGGAACGCUCUCUCGCGCAGCGAGGGAGGAGGCCUAUUCGAUUCUGCAAAACAGGAAAUUUGGCAUCUGUCAUGGUGACAUGCAGAUGUAUCGUUUCCUCGUUCGGUUCCUGCCAAAUAAAGAUGGGGAACUUCGUACUCCCGGUUCGGAUAUCGAGCUCGUGCUUUGCACGGGUGGGAGCACUCAUUCCGCGCUCCACUUUGGUCAUCCCAUUUCCUGGGAUCGCCAAAGACAAUUGCGCAAUGCCAUCUACGACAUGAUGAAUGAGUCCAGUAGAAUCGAGAGUGCCCGGGAGUGGAUCAUUUCGUACGUAUACGGACGUGCCGAGCGGUGGUUCGAGGGAUGCGUCAGUGCGCAUUGGAUGUACGGUCGGAACAUUGAAGCGAAUUUGGUGGACCUCAAGAAGUUUUGGGAAUUUUGGCGUCCAGACAUCCAGUUCCCGUUCGAGGUGGGAGUGGAGUACACUCGGCAACGGCAGGUUCUAUCCUAUGGGUCAGCAGACGAACCCAUCACCGCACCUGUUACUGGAGAACUGGUUAUUGCCCUCCUUUCUGCGAGCCCUCUUGGAAAUUUGCUUGGAAUGGGUAGAUCUUGA